CCACUUUGAUUUUUCUGGAUUCAUAUUUGAAAGAAUUGAAAGUGUCAUUUGUGCCGUGACAAAGUAACUUCGUAUCGACGACGUCAGACCCAUCUCGACCAACUCAAUCUCAACCGCCAAUGACCCUAUAUUGACGACACCACCGCCUCCACUCACGCACAGAAACACUUGACUACUCUCACUAACACCACACCAAUUUAUCUCACAAGCAAACCACCACAAUGACAACCCAGCUCAACGUCCAAACCCCCCCUCUCCCCGCCGUCGUCGACAGCGUCAGCCUCCGCUCCAUCCACCUCCCCCUCCCCGCAGCCCCAGAUCCAUGGCAUCGCCCCGGUAAACCCCAACCCUGCACCGCAUCCCUCAAACUCUCCUACUCCUCCGCCAUCGCAGCAGCCGCUGCAGAUGACGUCUCGCUCUCCCUGGACUACGGCAAACUCUACCGCCGCCUGGACGAGGACAUCCGCACCGGCGACGGAAAGGAAGAUGUACGUCUGAUCGCGGCUAUCGUCGCGAACUGCGGAUUGAAAUUACUCGACGAGACCUCCGCAGGGAUUCGCCGCAUGUCGCAUACGCAGACCGGCCACGGUGGGCGACGAGGUAGUGCCUCGUCGUCGGCUGGAUCGCAGGCGCAGGCGAGAGCGGCUUUGGCUACCGAUGGCCCUGCCUCGGAGCCUGUUGAUGGGCAGUUCGGGCAGUGCGAGGUGUGGUUGCAUUUGCCCAAGGCGCAUUUACGCGCCGAGGAGGGGGUUAGGUACCGCAGUGUGACGGCCUGGGGGUAUAAGCCGGAUAGUGUGCCUGGGGCUGGUGCUGAGGCUGUGGCGGCUAAUGCGGGACGGUAUCCUGUCGUGGUGGAGGAGGAGUUUCGGAUUGAAGGGAUCAAAUGUUAUUGUAUUUUGGGGGUGAAUUCGCAUGAAAGGGUUGAGAAGCAGGCAGUUAUUAUUUCCUUGGAGUUUAGGGGGCCGGGGCAUUUGGCUUGGGGGGAGAAGGUGGUUGGGACUUGGGAGGGGUUGACAAAGGGUGUUGCUGAGCAAGUUGAGGGCACAGCUUUCCAGACAGUCGAAGCACUGGCGACUUUUAUCGCGCGCAUUGUGACGGUGGACUUUGGGAAUGAGAGGGUCAAAGUCAAGGUGGAAAAGCCUAGUGCACUGGCGUUUGUGGAGAGAUCCGGGGUAGAAGUAACACGCUCUCAGGCAUUUUUCAGGAGUUGAUUAGAUGUAUACAAAGUGAGGCCACGGAAUACGGAGUAAAUAUAUCAACCCUUGCAUGUGAUCACCGCACAACUCUUAUCCCUAUAUCUGACUCCUUUCUUGCCUUUUAUGAGCCAAUGAUUGUCCUGAAUAAGCAUAAAUAUGAG